AUGGUGGUAGCGGUUCAGCAACUGAGGGGUACCUACGACUACGUAAUUGUAGGUGCAGGAUCAGCAGGCUUUGUGCUUGCCAAAACGCUUUCCCAGAAUGCUAGCUUUAAGAAUCGCUUUGACUUUAACCAAGCUCCCGCCUACUACCCGUUGAUCUCCGAGUACUUUCGGAAUUUCGCCUCGCGGCCUGAUCCCAAAUUGGGGGUCUUUGAUGAAUGGGCGAAAGUGUCAGGCAAUUCAGGGUUGGCUUGGAAGUCUCUACUUGAGGAUUUCAAGGCAGCUAGCCACUACGAUUUCCAGCAGACUGACUAUGAGCAAUUUGUUAAUACCACUACCUAUGGCGAUGGGCCAUUGGAAGUCAGCCGCACGAGUGGUCUGACUGGUUUCGACGCUCCCUUUGCUAGUGCGCUCAAAUCGGGACUCGGGGUGCACGAAGUCGACUUGACUGAUGGCAUAGGAACUGGGCUUGAUUUGGGUGUUGCAAAUCGACCGAAUGUGCAGAUGAUUCCCAAUGCCUGGGUCACGAAGAUCGGAUUUUCCGGAAAGACUUCUAAAAAUGUCACCUAUACCAACACUAUCAGCAACGCAAAGACGACUAUUGCAGCAAAAGAAAUUAUUGUCAAUGCAGGUGCCAUAAAUAGCCCCAAGUUGCCCAUGCUUUCCGGUGUGGGCCAGAAGGCACGAUUGUCAGAACUAAACAUUCCACUCGUCGCGGAUAUCCCUUCAAUCGGAACCAAUCUGUACGAUCACACUUUUCCGAUUGUGGAGCUUGAAGUCUCCAGCGAUAUUAAAACAGGUUGGCAAUGGGAAUUCAACGCCACAGGGAAGAAUUCUGUAUUUGAUGGAAUCAACGGCACGCAUUACACGUCGCUCCCUACUGAUCGGCCUCAUAUCUUAAUGAAAUACAGCACGGUUCCGUUAAUGUCUACUCCAAACGUCAGCCUCGUAACCGCAUGGGCUAGCCUUGUGCAGGCAGAAGCUUCUGGCUAUGUUACUCUCAAUUCGUCGGAUUUUCGCGACGAUCCGUUCAUUUACUCUAACUACUACGGCUCUCCGGCAGACAAGAAAGCUGUUGUGUGGGGAUAUAAGAAGCUCCGUGAGAUCAUGGGCUCCGAAGAGCUCAAGUCUUUUGUUUUGAAAAGAGGCAUACCCAGGCAAGAAUGCUCGUAUUCUUUCCAUCACCCUCUGGGUACCGUGGCUUUAGGCAAAGCUCUUGAUAGCAACUGGGGACUCAGGGGACUAAAAAGCAUUCGGCUGGUGGAUGUCAGCACCUUUCCUAGUCCUCCUUCGUGCCAUCCAUUGGCGGACGUGUAUGCUGUUGCGCAUAGAGCAGCGAAGGACAUUCGUCGUGCGGAUAAGUGGCUUCCCGUGCUAAGAUGUACACUUCAUAUUCGUUUGGAUAAAUAG